AUGGCUAAGCUUAAGUGGAAAAUGGAAGGAGACCGUAAUACUAAAUUUUUCCAUGUAUGUUUAGCUAGCAAAAGGAAUAAGAAAAUUCAAGAGAUGAGAACUUUGAAUGGGGUAGAGUAUUCCUCUCCGGAAGACAUUCAUCAAGGUGCCGUUAAUUAUUUUUCUGGUUUUCUUCAAAAUACCAAUCAGUCAAGAGAGCUUCCAGAUUUAUCUUACUUAAUCUCUCAGGUUAUUGAUGAAGCGGAUGGUACUUGUAUCUGUCACAUUCCUUCUCUGGAUGAAGUUCAUGAAGCCCUUUCUUCUAUUCCUAUAAAUAGUUCACCAGGGUCAGAUGGUUUUGGUGCGGGUUUCUUUAAAAGUUGCUUGGAGGUGGUGAAGAUGGAUGUCUUGUCUGCUAUUUCAGAAUUUUUUAUCUCUAAAUCUCUUCUGAGGUUUUAUUCGGCUUCUUUUAUUGUGCUUAUUUCGAAGAUGGAUGCGCCUUCGGGGUUCGACAAAUUUAGGCCGAUUAGUCUUUGUUCGGUUUUCUAUAAAAUUUGCUCCAAAAUAAUUGUUAAUCGUCUUAUGGUCUUCUUCCCAAGAUGA